UCCAGCCUUACCGAGGUGCUCACCGGCAGGAGAGACGCGUGAGGAUUUCGUCUCAGAGGCUGGACUGACCUCUCGGGAUUUGUCCUCCUGUCGGUGUCAGUGAAGAGCGGAGAGGGGAGGAGAGCGAAGGAGAGGGAAGGAGAGAAGGGGGGAUCUUCAGUGCUGGAGCGACCAGCCGCCUUUUCUUCUAUUGGGGUUGCGUUAAAAGUCGUUCACGAUGCCGGUGUUUCACACCAAGACCAUCGAGAGUAUCCUGGAGCCGGUGGCCCAGCAGAUCUCCCACCUGGUCAUCAUGCACGAGGAGGGGGAGGUGGAUGGUAAAGCCAUCCCAGAUCUGACGGUGCCGGUGGCCGCGGUGCAGGCGGCAGUCAGCAACCUUGUGCGGGUGGGCAAGGACACCGUUCAAACCACCGAGGACCAGGUGAUGAAGAGAGACAUGCCUCCUGCGUUCAUUAAGGUGGAGAAUUCGAGCUCUAAACUCGCCCAGGCAGCUCAGAUGCUAAAGGCAGAUCCAUACUCUGUUCCUGCACGAGAUUACCUGAUUGAUGGAUCCAGAGGGAUACUGUCUGGAACAUCCGACCUGCUCCUUACCUUUGAUGAAGCAGAGGUGCGUAAGAUCAUUCGUGUGUGUAAAGGUAUCCUAGAGUACCUGGCAGUAGCUGAGGUGGUGGAGACCAUGGAGGACCUCAUCACUUACACCAAGAACCUGGGACCAGGGAUGACUAAAAUGUCAAAGAUGAUCGAGGAGAGGCAGCAGGAGCUGACGCACCAAGAACACAGACAAAUGCUCGUUAACUCCAUGAACACUGUCAAAGAGCUGCUGCCUAUUCUUAUAUCAGCUAUAAAGAUAUUCGUCGCAACUAAGAGCAGCCGAGGAGCCGGCGUUGAGGAGGCUGAGAGGAACCGAAGGUUUACCUUUGAAAAGAUGAGCGCUGAAAUCAACGAGAUCAUAAGAGUCUUACAGCUCACCACGUGGGAUGAAGACGCCUGGGCCAAUAAAGAUAUGGAGGCUUUGAAGAGAUGUCUGGCUUUGAUUGAGUCAAAGAUGGCACAAGCUAAAGGUUGGCUCAAAGACCCCCACGGACAACUAGGAGACCCCAGCGAGGUGGCCCUGUGUGUGAUACUGGAUGAAGCUGGUAAGGUGGGAGAGCUGUCUGCUGGGAAGGAAAGGAAAGAUAUUCUGGCAACCAGUAAGGCUCUGGGACAAAUGACCGACCAGAUUGCUGAUCUACGAGCCAGAGGCCAGGGUCCGACCCCGGGGUGUGUGCAGCGUGCCGGCCAGUGCUCACAGGGCUUAGACUUGUUGUUUGGCAAAGUGGACGGUGCUGCUCGCAGACUGGAGGCUCUCAUCAAUGCCAAGCAGGCCAUCGCCAGGAGGCUGGACGCUGCGCAGACCUGGCUGGCUAAUCCUAACGGUGGUCCUGAGGGAGAGGAGAACAUCAGGGCGCUACUACCAGAGGCCAAGCGCAUCGCCGAUCUAUGUGAAGACCCCAAAGAGAGGGAUGACAUCCUGCGCUCCAUCAGUAAGAUCGUAGGCCUCAGCGCCAGACUUGUGGAGCUACGCAGACAGGGUAAAGGUGAUAGCCCAGAGGCCCGUGCAUUGGCAAAGCAGAUUGGGUCGGCGCUGUUGAACCUGCAGUCCAAAACCAACCGGGCCGUGGCCAACAUGAGACCAACCAAACCUGCCGUGACUUUAGACGGCAAGAUGGAGCAGGCCCUCAACUGGGUGAACAACCCCGGAGUGGACGACAGAGGAGUAGAGUGUGAGAUACUUCAGUGGAACACAGGUCAGGCAGCAAUCAGAGGAAUGGUUGGAGAAGGGAGGAGGCUAGCAGGAGGCCUGUUAGGCCCGUAUCGGCAGGAUAUGAUUGGACGCUGUGAACGAACAGAGGCUCUUAUGACAUCUUUGGCAGACAUGGCCGGCAGGGGCGAGGCUGAGGCCCCUCAUGCACGAGCUACAGCCGCACAACUGCAGGAUAGCCUGAAGGACCUGAGGAAGCACAUGCAGGAGGUGAUGACCCAGGAGGUAUCUGACGUUUUCAGUGACACCACUACUCCUAUUAAACUUCUUGCUGUGGCUGCAACUGCUCCACCUGACGCCACCAACAGAGGGGAGGUUUUUGAAGAGCGUGCGGGGAACUUCGAGGCCCACGGAGGUCGGCUGGGCGCGACUGCAGAGAAGGCUGCUGCCGUGGGAGCAGCCAAUAAAAGUACAGUAGAGGGGAUACAUGCUGCUGUGAAACAUGCCAGGGAACUCACGCCACAGGUGACCUCCGCUGCUCGGAUCUUGUUGAAGAAUCCUGGAAAUAAAGCAGCAUAUGAGCACUUUGACACCAUGAAGAACCAGUGGAUUGACAAUGUGGAGAAACUCACUGGUCUGGUGGAUGAAGCCAUCGACACCAAAUCUCUGUUAGAUGCUUCUGAGGAGGCUAUCAAGAAAGACAUCGACAAGUGCCGAGUUGCCAUGGCAAACGUUCAGCCUCAAAUGCUGGUUGCCGGGGCAACGAGCAUAGCAAGACGGGCUAAUCGGGUCCUGUUGGUGGCUAAGAGGGAAGUGGAUAACUCUGAGGAUCCGCGGUUUAGAGACACAGUGAAAAAUGCAUCAGACAUCCUUUCCCACACCAUCUCACCCAUGGUGAUGGAUGCCAAAGCAGUGGCUGGGAACAUACAGGACAAAGCUCUGCAAAAAGCCUAUUUGGACUCGUGUCUGAGGAUCCUGUCUGCAGUCGGCAAAGUUAGAGAAGCCUUCCAACCUCAGGAGCCUGACUUGCCUCCUCCACCACCUGACCUGGACAAGCUCCAUGUUAGUGAUGAGCAGGCUCCACCCAAGCCCCCCUUGCCAGAGGGCGAGGUGCCCCCGCCUCGUCCCCCUCCUCCAGAGGAGAAGGAUGAGGAGUUCCCAGAGCAGAAAGUUGGAGAGGUGCUCAGCGAGCCCAUGAUGGUGGCCGCCAGGCAGCUGCACGAUGAGGCACGCAAGUGGUCAAGCAAGAACCCCCCACUUUCCCACCCCACACAGCCAGAGGAUGAGGAGGCAGUAGAGGAGAGAGAGGUAGAUGAUGAAGAUGAGUUUACUGAUGGUGAGGAUGACUAUGAGCCCGAACUGCUGAUGAUGCCCUCCAACCAGCCUGUCAAUCAACCCAUGCUAGCAGCGGCCCAGGCUCUCCACCAGGAGGCGCGCAAGUGGUCCAGCAAGGGUAACGACAUCAUAGCAGCAGCCAAGCGGAUGGCUCUGCUAAUGGCAGAAAUGUCUCGGCUGGUUCGUGGUGGAAGCGGGAACAAGCGAGCGAUGAUUCAGUGUGCUAAGGACAUCGCCAAGGCCUCAGAUGAGGUGACGAGACUGGCUAAAGAAGUGGCCAAGCAGUGCACUGAUAGACGCAUCAGAACUAACCUGCUGCAGGUGUGUGAACGAAUCCCUACCAUAAGUACUCAGCUGAAGAUUCUCUCGACUGUCAAAGCCACCAUGCUGGGACGAACAAACAUUAGUGAAGAGGAGUCAGAGCAGGCCACAGAUAUGUUGGUCCAUAACGCCCAGAAUCUGAUGCAGUCAGUGAAGGAGACCGUCAGAGAAGCUGAAGCAGCCUCAAUCAAGAUCCGCACAGAUUCAGGAUGCACCCUUCGCUGGGUGCGUAAGACUCCCUGGUACCAAUAAACAAACCUGGUCACUGAAAAGAGUAACACUCUUAACUUACAUCCCACCGACAGCACACACCUCCCGACAUGUAUACUCAUCACGAGUUAACAUGAGCACUUCUUCGAAGAGGGAACUGAUGGUGAUGUUUUUUUACCUGGAACCAUUAGAUUUGGUGCAAAGCAGGUUUAAUUUAUUGGAGUUCAGCUUUACUCUCCAGUUCUCUGUGUCUGUAACUGUGGUAUCACCUACAUGUGGGCCAAUCAGAGACCGUUUUUAAUAUAUAUUUUUGGUAUGUUGUGUUACAAGAGUUUAUCUAAAUCCCAGGUAUAUAUUUUUUGCAUGAAAAUGUUUUAUUUUCUAUUUUCUAAAGGCAAAUUAUAUAAUUAGGAUACUUAUCCCCAAGAAGACAUUUACUUUUAAUUCAGUUUAAUCUUAUUGUCUUUUGUAUAUACAGUAAUUAUUUGUUUUAUAGACAACACCCAGCUAUAAGCUUUAUACACUGAGGUUGACACAAGUGUGGAGUCUUGUGUGUGCCGAUGAGCUCUAAUCUCUUCAUGUUUACUUUUAUUUGAGUACACUCUUAACUGUAGUUCUAUGAAUUCAAAGCAGAUACAUCAUCACUGCUGCCUGGUGAUGUUUUUACGUGAAGAACUAAAAAGUAUUCUGGAUUAAAAGUGUUGGCGUUAGGCAAAGGACAGUUUAAUUUAAAAAAUGGUAUAUUUAAAACAAAAAUGUAUGGUUGUCAAUAAAUAAUGUUGACUGCAAGAAGGUUGAUCAAAUAGGUAAGAGGUUUUCACAUUACAUUUGCAUUUUGAAUAACAGUAAAAGUCAAGGUGAGUUGAAAUGUUUUUAUGACUGUUUUGAGUUCUUGGUUUUAACUUAAACAUUGUACAAUGCCAAAGGAUUUGUUUUAGGUCACUGUAACCUUCAUCUUAAACAUUAAAAUCCAGGUUAUUACAAACAAAGAAGCAAACCUCUUUACAAAAGCUCAAGUAUUUAUUCUAAAAAAAAAUUUUUAACUAAUUGUGCUUUGUUUCUGCAGUAUCUCUGUAACAGUUGAACUGUUUAGCUAUUAUCUUCGAAAUUAUCAAAAAACAAUUAUUUCAGACGGCCAUUCAACUUCCUGCUUUUCAUCAGAUGUCUGAAUGCUCCGAAGCAUCAACCCAUUUUUUUUAGAGAUGACCCCGGUGGUUUGAGGUCAGAAACAACCUUUUCAUGUGACAUCAGGCAUUGAUUAAGUCAAUCUAUUAAGUCGGGGGGGGGGGGGCUAGUGACUAUUUUUUUUGCUCCAUCCCAAUGCGCGCAGACCGGCGUCGUAGCUCUGCAGCGGAACAAUCGAUCGGCGUAUUGAGCACCCCUGCAUUCAAGCAUUAAAUAGCCGAGAGGUUUUUUCAGCGUGAGGAAUUCGAUGUGUGGCGGGAGUGCGUGAGAUAAGACCGAAAUGCGUGAGUCUCACGCUCAAUGCGUGAGACUUGAGAGCCCUGCAUGAUGGUUCGGGACAAAGCUCUAAACGUUAACUGCAUUUUCAUCAUUAUUUAGGCUGACAAAGCAUGUAGUAGUCACUGACCUCUCACUGAGAGUGACAGUGUGAACCUCUGUGUGUACUUGAUGUGUUCAUUCACACCCUGAAUGUAUUCAGAUAGCUUCUCGCCCUGCCAACACAUCUGCUGUGCCUUGGAAGAAUAAAAGAUUAUAGUAAUGAUA